UCGCCACGAUCGUCGUCUUCUGCUGCUGGCACUGCAAGUUCCAGAAAGGGAGGCAUCUGAUGAAAUCUGUCUUUUCGGGUCGUUCAAGGAGCCGAGAGAUGCAGAUCUGUUCCUGUUAGACACAAGAAAGGCCCAAGCUUUAGAUGUGGGUUGGCUUGUGUUUGAUGUUACUGUGACCAGCAAUCACUGGGUAAUUAAUCCACAGAACAAUUUGGGCUUACAGCUCUGUGCAGAAACAGGAGAUGUUUGACCAAGCAGCUGAUGCUGAGUUAUCCUGGAUUACAGAAACAGAGGAGAAAUUGAUGUCUUUGGGUGACAUCAGGCUUGAGCAAGACCAGACCUCUGCUCAGCUGCAGGUUCAAAAGACAUUCACCAUGGAGAUUUUGAGACACAAAGAUAUUAUUGAUGAACUUGUUAAAUCUGGACAUAAAAUCAUGACCACAUGCAGGGAAGAGGAAAAGCAAUCAAUGAAGAAAAAACUGGACAAGAUAUUGAAGAAUUAUGAUACCAUCUGCCAGAUGAACUCAGAGAGGUCCCUACAGCUAGAAAGGGCACAGUCCCUGGUUAACCAGUUCUGGGAAACAUAUGAAGAACUUUGGUCAUGGCUGACAGAAACAGAAAGAAUCAUCUAUCAGCUUCCUGCCCCAGCUCUUGAAUAUGAAACUCUAAGACAGCAGCAGGAAGAACAAAGGCAACUGCGAGAGCUGUUAGUCGAACUCAAACCUCAUAUAGAUAAGAUGAACAAAACUGGGCCACAGUUGCUGGAAUUGAGCCCAAGGGAAGGCUUUUCCAUCCAAGAGAAGUAUGUGGCAGCUGACACCCUUUACAGUCAAAUUAAAGAAGAUGUCAAAAAGCGAGCUGUGGCCCUGGAUGAAGCCAUUUCUCAAUCUACUCAGUUCCAUGACAAGAUCGACCAGGUCCUGGAGAGCCUCGAACGCCUGGUGGAGCUUUUGAGGCAGCCGCCUUCUAUCUCUGCUGAGGUGGAGAAGAUUAAGGAGCAGAUCAGUGACAAUAAGAACGUGUCAGUAGACAUGGAGAACCUACAACCAUUGUAUGAAACUCUUAAACAGAGGGGAGAGGAAAUGAUUGCUCGCUCUGGGGGCACCGACAAAGAUGUAUCUGCCAAAGCUGUUCAGUGUAAGGUUGAGAGAAUGGUUUUCUUUUGGGAGAACAUACACAUGCUAGUGGAGGUAAGGGAAGCCAAACUACUGGAUGUAAUGGACUUAGCAGAGAAGUUCUGGUGUGAUCACAUGUCGCUGGUGGUUACCACUAAAGACGCACAAGCUUUCAUCCGGGAUCUGGAGGAUCCUGGCAUUGAUCCCCUAGUGAUAAAACAACAGCAAGAAGCAGCAGAGUCCAAGAGGGAAGAAAUAGAUGGGCUGCAAGAAGAGCUGGAUAUAGUCAUCAACCUGGGUUCUGAACUCAUCGCUGCAUGUGGGGAACCAGAUAAACCCGUUGUCAAGAAGUGUGUAGAUGAGUUACAUUCAGCGUGGGAUUCUCUCAAUAAAGCUUGGAAAGACCGGGUGGACAAACUGGAGGAGGCGAUGCAGGCUGCCGUUCAGUACCAGGAUGGCCUGCAGGCAAUAUUCGACUGGGUGGAUAUUGCAGGUGCUAAAUUAGCUUCAAUGUCUCCAAUUGGAACAGAACUUGACUUCGUUGUCAAGGAGCAGAUUGAAGAGCUAAAGAACAAAGUGUCCUUAUAUAUCCCUCUUUUUAAAAAAGAGCAAUUUAAGUCAGAGGCCUACCAACAACAGAAAGAAAUGGAAAGACUGAACCACCAAGCAGAGCUUCUGCUGAAGAAAGCAGAAGAGAGUGACAAACAUACUGUUCAAGACCCAUUAAUGGAACUGAAAUCAAUAUGGGAUAGUCUGAAUGAGAGAAUUAUCAACCAACAGCAUAAGCUGGGGGGUGCUCCGUUAGCACUGGGGCAGUUGCAGCAUGCUCUCGACGAACUGUUGGCCUGGCUGACUCACACUGAGGGCUUGCUAAGUGAGCAGAAACCUGUUGAAGGAGACCCUAAAGCCAUCGAAAUUGAACUUGCCAAGCACCACGUGCUUCAAAAUGAUGUAUUAGCCCAUCAGUCCACUGUGGAAGCUGUUAACAAAGCAGUAAAUGAUCUUAUUGAAUCAAGUGCAGGUGAAGAAGCAAACAACCUUCAGAACAAACUGGAGGUUUUGAAUCAACACUGGCAAAAUGUUUGGGAAAAAACAGAGCAAAGGAAGCAGCAGCUGGAUGGUGCCUUGUGCCAGGUGCAUGAGAAUACAGCCAAAAGCUUCCACGGUGAAAUUGAGGGUUUGCAACAGUGGCUGAAUGACACAGAGCGUCAUCUGUUAGCAUCCAGGCCUCUGGGAGGUUUGCCAGAAACAGCCAGGGAGCAGCUUGACGCCCACAUGGAAAUCUGUGCUGCCUUUGAUGUUAUGGAAGAGACAUAUAGUAACCUGAUGCAGAAACAUCAGCAGAUGCUUGCAAGAUGCCCCAAAUCUGCAGAGACAAAUAUUGACCAAGACAUAAAUAACUUGAAAGAAAAAUGGGAAUCUGUGGAAACCAAACUCGGUGAAAGAAAAACUAAACUGGAAGAGGCCCUCAACUUGGCAUUGGAGUUCCACAGUUCUCUCCAAGACUUUAUCAACUGGCUGACCCAGGCUGAACAGACCCUAAAUGUAGCUUCUCGGCCAAGUCUUAUCUUGGACACAGUCUUAUUUGAAAUGGACGAACACAAGGUCUUUGCCAGUGAAGUAAAUUCUCACCGUGAUCAGAUAAUAGAGCUGGACAGAACUGGAACCCACCUGAAGUAUUUCAGUCAGAAACAAGAUGUUGUCCUAAUUAAAAAUCUACUGAUCAGUGUACAAAGUCGAUGGGAAAAAAUGGUUCAACGGUUGGUAGAAAGAGGAAGAUCCUUGGAUGAUGCAAAGAAGAUGGCCAAGCAGUUCCACGAAGCUUGGAGUAAACUUAUGGAGUGGCUGGAAGAGUCAGAAAACUCUUUGGAUUCUGAACUGGAAAUCGCCAACGAUCCAGAUGAAAUAAAAACACAACUCGCACAGCUCAAGGAGUUUCAGAAAUCACUGGGAGCCAAGCAUUCUGUCUAUGACACCACCACCAGAACUGGGUGUUCUCUGAAGGAGAAAACCUCCCUGGCUGAUGACAACCUGAAACUGGAUGACAUGCUGAGUGAUCUCAAAGAGAAAUGGGAUACGAUCUGUGGGAAAUCUGGGGAAAGGCAAAACAAGUUGGAAGAAGCCCUCUUAUCCUCUGGACAAUUCACAGAUGCCCUGCAGGCCCUCAGUGACUGGUUGUAUAGAGUUGAACCCCAACUGGCAGAAGACCAGCCUGUCCAUGGGGACGUUAGUUUAGUGAUUUAUAUGAUCAAAAAUCACAAGGUCUUCCAAAAAGAGCUGGAGAAGAGGGCCAGCAGCAUGCAGGCCCUGGAGCGCUCGGCCGGAGAGGUCACAGAAGGCAGCCGAGACGACUCCUCCUGGGUCAAGGUCCAGAUGCAGGAGUUAGGCACACGCUGGGACACCGUGUGCGCGCUUUCUGUAUUAAAGCAAACACGGCUGGAGGCGGCUCUGCGUCAGGCAGAGGAGUUCAACUACGUGGUGUACCCCCUGCUGGAGUGGCUGUCAGACGCAGAGGAGACCCUCCUUUUGCAUGACGUUCUCCCAGAGGAUAAGGAUGGUCUUCGGACUCUCACUGAUAAGCAUAAAGAAUUCAUGAAGAAACUGGAAGAAAAACAAGCAGAACUAAAUAAAGCUACCAGCAUGGGAAAUGCUCUGCUGGCCCUCUGCCCCCCUGACUGCAGCACCACCUUUAAGCACUGGAUAGCACUCAUCUGGGCCAGGUUUGAGGAGGUGGUGGUGUGCACCCAGCAGUAUCAGCAGAGGUUAGUUGGCGCCCUGGCUGGGCUCCUCACUACGCAGGAACUGUUGGAAGCUCUGCUGGUACAGCUGCAAUGGGCCCAAACCACACUGAGUGAUAAGGAUAAGGAAGUCAUCCCGCAGGAAACUGAAGAGGUGAAAGCCUUCGUUGCAGAGCACCAGACCUUCGUGGAAGAAAUGACCAGAAAACAACCCGAUGUGGAUAAAGUUACCAAGACCUAUAAGCGGAAAGCAGCCGAUCCCUCUUCAUUACAGUCCUAUGUUCUGGCCUUGGAUAAGAACAAGCAGGAAAAAGGCAGUGGUCAAUUUCUUUAAAAUAAAUAUGGUUAAGCAAGAAAGUCAGUUUUAUUUUGAAUUACCGUUUGAAAUUUUAGAGCAAUUGGUGAUUCUACAUGAGCUCUCUAUCAUAAAAGGUUUUCUUGAAAGAAUGCAUGGCCUCAAGUAUGGUAGCAACUUAUUUAAAAAUAAAGAAGCAGAUAUAUCCAGGUUUCUAUAUGUAACUGUAUUUGCUUGAAGUAUGUCUUUUAGAUUAGCUAGAGUAAAUUGGAUAAACUUGCAGUAAGAACAGGAAUCAUUAUCCCCUUUGAGUUGUCUCAUUUUGCUUCUGUGAUAUAAAUAACUGUAAAGUGGAAUGUAACAGAAAUAACCAUGACCUGGAUGAAGUCCAUGACCUAACUGUUCAUUAGUGACCAGCUAUCUGAUGGAUUUUGCCCAUGUUCGUGUGACUUCAGGCUUUUAUUUACAUAAUUCUCAGGCUACCUUGACCCAACAAAAUGACAUGAAAAACAAUAACAGCUAGCUUGGGGAUUUAAAAAAAGCACAAUUUAGGUCAUAAAAUUUUGUGUAUUUCUGAAUAGUGCCUUAAUUUAAAAAAAAAUUUUUUAUAUCUGUUGUAGUGAUGCCAUUGCACCGGGAACCUUCAUAGGGGUUAACAGCUCCGGGGACAGACUCCUGGCUGUCCCCACCACUUACAAGAGGGGAACAGUAACCCUGACAAGUUACUUAAACUCCCUCUGAGCCUCAGUUUUGUCAUAUGUAAAAGGGAAUAAUAAUAAUUUCAUAAGACUGUGGUGAGGAUUAAAUGUGUUUAUGUGGAUGAACUACUUAGCAUCCUUCCUGGCAUAUACUUAAAUGUUCAAUAAAUGUUAGCUAUUGAUACUUUUCUAUAGCCCCAUGAAAGGUAAGAAUUCUAGGCAAAUCCCAGCUUGGACACUAACUUCCUAUGUGAUGUUAAGCCAGUAAUUUUUCUUGACCACACUUAACCAUUUGGUUAAAUGAGGAAAAUGCAUUGAGAGAAUUGUUCUGUGAAGCUACAGAAAAUUGUGGAAAAGCAGUCAGAAAGAAGAGGGAAAAAACUGUAGGAAGGCAGUACAUCUGGGUGUGGGACUAUAUACCCGAUACACAACCUCAGAGGAAAACGGACUUGGGUGAAAGCUGGGAUUCUGCACAGCCUUCAGUAUUUGCUCGGACUUUGUAAGGUGCCUGGACUCCAGUGAAUGUCCGUGUCUCCUGCUUUCGCCUGCCCUCCUUGCAGCCUGUUUGUCUAAGAGGAGCAGCUGGGUUUGUGUAACUGAUUCUAAGAUAUGUGUCACCGUCCUGGGCGAUUCCUUCUGUCAUGCCUUAACAAAGAGGAGGAUCACAAGGCACUUCAUUGUCACUGACAUGGCACAGAUUUUAAGCUGGAAGAUGUUUUAAGCAUAAAUUUUUUGAGAAUCCUUUCCAGUUA